AAAAUACCAUAAAAGGAAAGUUUGUAUAAUAUAGCUAGUGAGUGAAAUCAUUCAUACUCUUUGAAGAACAAAAAUGGCAUCACACGACCAAAGCUACAAAGCUGGUGAGACCAUGGGCCGAACUGAGGAAAAGACCAACCAAAUGAUUGGCAACAUAGAAGAUAAGGCCCAAGCUGCAAAGGAAAAAGCCCAGCAAGCAGCCCAAACCGCCAAAGACAAAACCAGUCAGACAGCCCAAGCUGCAAAGGAAAAGACCCAACAAACAGCCCAAGCAGCAAAGGAAAAGACCCAACAAACAGCCCAGGCAGCAAAGGAUGAGACCCAACAAACAGCCCAAGCAGCAAAGGAUAAGACCCAACAGACAACCGAAGCAACAAAAGAAAAAGCCCAAGACACAACUGGUCGAGCAAGAGAAAAGGGGUCAGAAAUGGGCCAGUCAACUAAGGAAACGGCCCAAUCAGGAAAAGACAAUUCAGCUGGGUUUUUGCAGCAGACUGGAGAAAAGGUUAAGGGUAUGGCCCAAGGUGCAACUGAUGCUGUAAAACAAACCUUUGGAAUGGCAAAUGAUGAUAAAGACAAAGAUCAUUUCCCAACCAAUCGUCACUGAGAUUAUUAGUUAUAUUAAUUAUGCUAUAUUUCAAUAAUGUUGUGAUUUGUUUUUCUUGAAUUUGGCUUUUUAGCAAACGCACUUUUUUUUAAAAAUAAGUUGCGUUUCCCUCAUAUCUAGAAGUGAGAGGGAAAUGUAUAAUUAUGUAUUAUGUACUAUUAUCUAUUUUGUAGUUUGAAGUUUGAACCUUGUUGUAAUAAUGCUAUAAUUUGCUUUUAAAUCU